GCCACCUGGAGCUCUUGGACCUUCACUCACCGAAGCAAAUCCACUCAGUAACUCAACUCUCCACCCAACAACUGUCGUCUGCUUGUCCACCAUGGAGACUAUCGACAUCGCGCAUCUGAAGUCUGGGGAGAUCAACCUUGGUACCUCGAUCAUGGCCGUCCAAUUCAAGGACGGCGUGGUAGUCGGUGCAGACAGUAGAACAACCAGCGGAAGCUACAUUGCCAACCGCGUUACAGACAAGCUAACGCACAUCCAUGAUCGCAUCUACUGUUGUCGCUCCGGCUCAGCUGCAGACACUCAAGCUGUCGCCGAUAUCGUACAUUACUACCUCCAGCUCUACACGCAGAUGCACGGUGGCCCGCCGCCCGUGCACACUGCGGCAAGCGUCUUCCAGAAGCUAUGCUACGAGAACAAGGACGCAUUAAGUGCUGGUAUCAUUGUUGCGGGAUGGGACAAGGACGUGGGCCCGAGCGUAUACAAUAUUCCUCUGGGUGGAGGGUUGUUCCGCCAACCUUGGGCGAUUGGAGGGUCUGGGUCAACAUAUGUAUAUGGAUAUUGCGACGCGACAUACCAGGAAGGUUGGGGCAAGGAGGAGACGAUUGAAUUUGUCAAGAACACACUUUCUCUGGCGAUGUCAAGAGAUGGCUCUUCAGGAGGCGUGAUUCGUAUGUGUGUGAUCACAGAGGAGAGCGUCGAGCGGCUCUUCGUACCAGGGAACGAGCUUCCGAAGUUCUGGGAAGGUAAAGAGGUGCUAGGCUUGCCUGACGUCAAGGAAGGGCCCAAGGAGGCCGUCGAACCCAUGGCUGUUGAGGUAUAGAUAUGAUUUUGCGACUACGUAUUACGAUAUUACACCGUGGAAUCGCUGUCGUUGCGGGUUGCAAUACGAGGUGCAGUGCAGUAUAUAAACGAGCCAGAUGUUACACUCUUCAGGACGAUGCCCAACCGCCAACUGCAUCUCCC